AUGGAGGAGGAGGAGGAGGAGGAGGGGAUGGACUCCCCUAACGUGGUGGUGGCCCCACCAUGGGGCACAGCAUCUUUUUGCUUCUGUGUCUUAUGGGACUUGGCGAAGCGUCAAAGAUUUACAACGGGACAGAAUGUAUCCCUAACUCACAGCCUUGGCAGGUGGGGUUGUUUGAAGGCACCAAACUGCGUUGCGGGGGUGUCCUCAUUGACCCCAGGUGGGUCAUCACAGCAGCUCACUGCAGUGGCAGACCCAUUUCCAGACCGGCUCCAGUGCCUCAACCUCUCCAUUGUCUCUGAUACUUCCUGCCAGAAAGUAUUCCAUGGAAGGAUCACAAGCAACAUGGUGUGUGCCGGUGGCAUCGAAGGGGAAGAUGCCUGCCAGGGUGACUCUGGGGGCCCCCUGGUUUGUGGGGGAGUCCUUCAGGGUCUAGUGUCUUGGGGGUCUGUAGGACCUUGUGGGCAAAAAGGCAUCCCAGGAGUCUACACCAAGAUUUGCAAAUAUACUGACUGGAUUCAGAAGAUCAUCAGGAGAAACUGA